UUUAUUUUUUGGUUUUUCCUCUGUUUCUGCUCUUUACUUGAUUUUCACCUUCUGUUUCUUGCUUCUAAACUCCAACAAAGUGGUAUCAGAGCAAGCAUUCUUGAGGUACCUGUGAGAGAGUGAAACACAAGUGUAUGUGAGGGAGUGUGUUGUGUAAUCAACUAUCACAACUAUGUCUUCUUCUUCAGGUCAACAUGGUGGUUCCCUAUCAAACCUUCCUUUGUUUACAAGGAAGAAUUAUGAUGUUUGGGCCAUUCAAAUGAAGGCAUUCCUUAAGGGAAAUUAUGGGUGGGAUUCUAUGGAAAAGGGCUUUAAUCCACCUCGAUUGCCUCAGAAUCCAUUAGUAGCUCAAAUAAAGCAAUAUGUACAGUAUGUAGCUAGUUCCUACAAGGCUCUUUUAUUGAUCCAUAGUGUUGUUGCAGAUGAGAUAUUUCCCAGAAUAAUGAGAGCAGAAACGACACAAGUAGCAUGGGAAAUACUCCAGAAGGAAUUUGAGGGUGAUGAAAGGAUUAAAGGCCAGAAGAUUGUGAAUAUAAAGAAAGAGUUUGUAAUGAUGAGAAUGAAGGAGACUAACACCAUUCAUAAGCACUCCAACAAGCUUAUGGAUGUUGUGAACCAAAUAAGAUUGCCUGUUGACAAGUGCUCAUGGUUUGUGGAUAGCGACUGUACCUAUCAUAUGGCAAAUAAUGAAGCAAUUUUUUCUGAAUUGGACAAGUCAAUGAGAAUCAAAGUGAAGCUUGGAAAUGGCUCAAUAGUGCAAUUAGAAGGCAAGGGUAUUGUGGCUGUUCAGACCAAGAAAGCAAGGCACAAGUUUAUCUUUAUGUUUAAAAAGUUCAAGGUACUUGCUGAGAACCAAAGUGGUUGCAAAAACAAAGCCUUGAGAUCUGACAAUGGAAAAGAAUCCACUUUAAAGGAGUUCGACAACUUUUGUGAAGAUGUAGAGAUAGCACAUCAGUUAACUGUCCCUUAUAUUCCUCAACAGAAUGGAGUUUCUGAGAGGAAGAAUAGAACAAUUAUGGAGAUGGCUAGAUGUAUAUUGCAUGAAAAAAAGCUGCUUAAGAAUUUUUUGGCAAAGGCUGUUUAUACAGCUGUAUAUUUGUUGAAUGGUUUGCCUACUAAGGCUAUGCAAGGCAAAACACCUAUUGAAGCUUGUUAUGGUGUUAAGCCUUCUGCACAUCAUUUGAAAAUUUUGGCUCUAUUUGCUAUACUCAUGUACCUAGUGCAAAGAGAACCAAGCUUGAUGUUAAAGCUGAAACUGGUAUUCUGGCACCUAGACGCUGGUACAGCAGGAUUGAUUCAUUUCUCCUUCAGCAAGGUUUUCAAAGGAGUGAGAAUGAGCCAACCUUGGGAGAUGAGUUAUUUUUUAGGCAUGGAAAUUCAUCAAUGUGAAUCUGGUAUAUUUGUUUCUCAACAUAAAUAUGCUCUUGAUGUUUUGAAGAAAUUUAGUAUGGAUCAAUGCAAGUCUGCACCUACUCCCUUAAUUCAAAAUUCAAAAUUGAUUGCUGAAGAUGGUUAUGAGAAGACAGAUGCUUCUAUUUACAGAAGUUUGGUUGGGAGUCUUUUGUAUCUUACUACAACCAGACUAGAUCUCAUGUAUGCAGCAAGCUUGUUGUUUAGGUUCAUGCAUUCUCCUAGUCAAGCUCAUUUUGGUGUUGCAAAAAGGGUGUUGAGAUAUCUCAAGGGCACCUCAAAUUAUGGUUUAUGGUUUGAGAAGCAUAAACAUGGAAUUCUGCACUGUUUUUCUAAUAGUGACUGCGCUAGAAGUCAUGAAGAUGCUAAGAGCACAACUGGUUUUGUGUUCUUUUUUGGUUCUAUAGUUUUUUCUUGGAUGUCUAGAAAGCAAGAAGUUGUUGCUCAGUCAACUACAGAAGCCAAGUGUAUUGUUGUAGCAAAAGCCAUAAAUCAUGUAGCAUGGAUUAACAAGAUGCUAACUAAUAUGGGAUGUUAUCAACUCAAGCCUUGUGUUAUCCACUGUGAUAACAAUUCUACUAUUGCUAUUGCUCAUAAUCCUGUCCAGUAUGGUCAUACUAAGCAUAUCAACGUUAAAUUUCAAGUGCUUAGGAAUAUUGUGCAGAGUAAGGAAAUUGAGAUGGUUUACUGUAACAAUAAUGAACAGGUUGCUGAUAUAUUUACCAAGGCUUUAUCAAAGUUCAAGUUUGAAAAGUUCAGAAGCAAGCUUGGAGUAUCUAGUAAAAAUUCAAGAGGAGUGUUGAAGACUUGAAUUUUAACUAGAUACUUAGCAAAAUGGAACUAUAUUUUGCUUUAGUUGGAGUAAGUAAAAAUCAUAUCAUUGU